GUUAUUUCCGGCUUCCUCGUCGAUUUUUUUUUUUUUAUGUCGCUGGAGUCGCUGUCUGACUGGUGGUUAUUUUCCCAGGUGCGCUGAAGUGGUUGUCGGCACCCUGUUGAACCGGCCCCAGAUUCUCGGCGACCUGAUGAGGUUCUUCAGCCCUGGCCUUUCCUCCUUCACGCUAGUCGGUAGGCUUAGGUUGGGUGCGGGCAGGCAGUUUCCCCGCCCCUCCACAGGGGCCGUGUGAGCCGCAGCGAGUGGGCUAGCGAGGCUACCAGCACGCGUCCAGCACGCCCACAGUGGCCGAUGCGCGAGCGCCAACCCUUGUCGCCCGCCGCCCUGACCAACUAAAACUCAAAAUGUGGAAUCUCGCUCCCGCCGACGGCCAUCUCGCACACCAUCAGCGCCGAGACAACGCUGCGUCACCAAAUGGCAACAGCAGCCGCCGAGAGAACCAGCACCGCCGUCAGGACGGGAAUGAUCUCGGCAUGACUACUUCACGAAGAUCCACCUCGCCCGCCGCUGUUGCCGUGAACCGGUCGCCAGACUCCAUCCGAGGGCGAGAGCGAGCCGAGAAGCAUCAUCGUCCCUCGAGACCCCCUCCGCCGCCGCCGCCGCCGCAUCAUUCCCGAGGUCGGUCGGCCGAGUCAUCGCAACGGGACUCUCAGCAUCCCCAUCCCCAUCGCGAUCACGCCCGCAGCCCCGACCAUCGCAGUGGCCGCUCUUCGCAGCCGACUCAUCGCUCCCCGCGCAGCCGUCGGGACCGUUCACGCGAACCUUCUCGCCGGCAGCCUCGCGCCUCGCCAGACCGCCGUCGCCCCGACCACGACUCGCCUCGGUCGAGAAAGGAGGCACGAGACCGUUCCGAGCACCGCGGCCGACGCCGUGCUUCGCCGUCGCCGGUCCCAGCCAAGCGCCGACGGAGCUUCAGCCCGCCUCUCGAGAGGGAGUCGCAGCCGAAGAAGGCCCGGCAAGACACCAAUCCUGCAGGUCCCGAGAGGGGUGCGUCACCGGAACCCCUACUGUCGAAGGCCGACCGACGCUUGCCCCCCCGUCCGCCCCGUGCACGAUCCCCUACAGACCGUGACCAGCGUUCGAACCCCAGCAGACGUUCUGGCCGCUCCCGGUCUCCCAGUCCUCCCCGUCGACGCAGGUCUCGCUCGCCUCGGGACAGCCGCCCGCCUCGACACGAAGGAGAUUCCCACCCUAGGGCUAGGUCUCCCAGGGAUCUACAUCUAUCACCUCGCCCUGAUACCCGCCGUCGAUCGAGAUCACGCCGCCGCAGCCCCCGCAGGCCCGUCCCUGAAGAAGGCCGGCCACCAAUCUCAUCUGAGACCGGGGCACGCCGCAGGGCAAGUGUUGACCAAGAGCCAUUCCAGACCACACCGCGCCCCGCCCCGGCCCGUUCUCCACGUGCAAGCCGACGUCCUAAACCGUCCAAGAGGGGGAGGAGUCGCGAGGGCUCCCGGUCGUCCAAAGGUUUUGAACCUGCCUCCGGUGCCAACAGUAUCGAGGUGAACAUGGCUGCCCGGGGCGGGUAUCGUGGCGGUUUCAAUCCGCAAGCCGGCUACCCCAAGGGGCAAUACGACGCCCGCAGCUUCGGCCACUCAUCGGGCCAUGUGACCCCCGUUUCGUCGUUCCACGGCUCCCCGGCGGCGCAAUCACCGUACGGCGGUAGCGGAAGGGGCUGGAGCAACCCACCGCCAUUCUCUCCUCAAGGAGGUCAAUUCUCGCCUCAGUAUCCUCAUAGCAACUAUGGGCCUCCUCCAGGUCCCCAAGGGCAUUAUCACUCCGGCCAGGCGCACUCUCCUCCCUACCCGCCGACUGGGCCCGCUGCCCAUUACCCCUCAGGGCAGUACCGUGGAGGUCACAGAGGCGGAUCGUUCCGAGGCAGCCAGUUUCCCGCUCGCGGUGCCCUUCGAGGUGGCUUCAAGAGCGCCCAAUGGCACCCCCAGGGAGACAAUGGUCGCACUCAGCCGGGGUCUGCCGAGGGCUCGGACCCAGGACAUGUCACUUCACAUCAGUCCCCGGCUCCGAGCAGCCAUGCGGAGGCUCAAUCUGAGAAGGGCGAUGUCUCGAUGGCGGACAGUGACAACCCCUUCAGGCCGUCCAAGGAUCUUCAGGUCGAGGACACCAGCAAGGUCGAGAAGCCGAAAGAGGAAACAAUGCCACCUCCCAGCCGGCCACCUCCGACUGGGCCGCAAUCCACAACAUCCAACAAGUUCAGUUUUAGUAUGAAGAACGCGGUGAAGCCAGCUGUGGCCGCGCCGAGGCCCGAGAUAUCGCUCAAGUUCAAUGCCGCCCCGGUAUCACGCGAGUCCCCGACCAAGCCGGCAGCGCAAAAGCCACCGCCUCCCAGACCGGAGCGAGACCGAGGCGGAUUCCCGAGGAAUGCUCCUACAGAACCAGCGUCGGAACGUCCCCGCCCUGUUGCCCCUACCGGUCCCAGCGAUCGCAAGGUACCCGAACCGGCCAGGCAACCGGACACAACGCCAAGAACGCGGAAGGUGAAGAAGAUAGUGAGGCGCCUUAAGGAGAAGCCGACGCUCCCACCCGACUUGGCAGCAUCCAAGUCCGUCUUCUUCAGGAAGCCGGGUAACGAAUCCGUCGUGGGCUCGGGCACGUACGGCAAGGUAUUUAAGGGGUUGAACGUGUACACCAAGAAGCUGGUGGCCCUGAAGAAGAUACGAAUGGAAGGCGAGAGGGACGGCUUCCCGGUGACAGCCGUGCGGGAGAUCAAGUUGCUCCGCUCGCUCAGCCAUAAGAACAUCGUGCAGCUCCAGGAGGUCAUGGUCGAGGCGAACGACUGCUUCAUGGUGUUCGAGUACUUGUCGCACGACUUGACCGGCCUUCUCAACCACCCCACAUACGUCCUGCAGCCGGCACAUAAAAAGAACCUUGCUCAACAGCUCUUCGAAGGCUUAGACUAUCUUCACACGAGAGGGGUGCUGCACCGGGACAUCAAGGCUGCCAACAUCCUGGUCAGCAACGAGGGCGUUCUCAAGCUCGCCGACUUCGGCUUGGCUCGCUUUUACGCAAAGCACCACCAGCUUGACUACACCAACCGUGUCAUCACAAUAUGGUACCGGUCACCAGAGCUUUUGCUGGGCGAAACGCAGUACGGACCGGCGGUGGAUAUUUGGAGCGCCGCCUGUGUCUUGGUGGAGAUCUUCACCAAGCGAGCCAUCUUCCCCGGGGACGGGAGCGAGAUCAACCAGCUGGAGAAGAUACACGCGGUGCUCGGGACCCCUAGCAGAAAGGACUGGCCGAACCUGGUGGAGAUGCCCUGGUUCCCGCUCCUCCGGCCCGCUUACCGCAGGCCAAACAUCUUUGAGGAGAAAUACAAGGAUCAGCUAACCCCGGCCGCAUUCGACCUGCUCACGUCCAUGUUUCGGUACGACCCGGACACGCGGCCCACGGCCGCCGAGAUCCUGAAACACCCGUACUUCACGGAGGAGGAGCCCGCUCCGCGACAGGCGGUUGAACUCAAAGACAUCGGCGGCGAGUGGCAUGAGCUCGAAUCAAAAGCUCUCAGACGCGAGAAGGAAAAGAAGGAGAAGGAGCGCGCGCGGGCCGCACAGCAGCAGUCGGGGUCGAAAGAAGAAGGACCACCUGGAAGCAGUAGUGCUCGCGACCGCGACAGGGAGCGCAAGCGCCCCAAUGAAGGCGUCGAUGCGCAGGCGCGGGAGGCGAAGAGGCCACAUCUUGACGCUAAUGGGAACGUGCCGAAGCCUGGGUAGGCCGAUGAUGAUAACACCGGUCUGGGGGGGGGGGACGUAAUGUUUCGGCGGGCGUGCGUCUGUGGAUCAUCAGCACAAGAACA